AUGCCAAUCACUUCGACGACUUCUUCUCCGCCCGAGGGCUUCAUCCCGAGGAAAGAGUUUCUCCGAGACCAGCACCCUCGUCAACCAAACUCUUUUGCCCUACUCGCUCUAUCAAGUUCUAACUUUAUUCGUCUUUACUCCUUUGGUCAACAAGUAGAAGCAAACCUACGACGCUUAUUCGAAAACCACGGCGUUCCAAUAGCCACACGCGAAGACACACACCAUGGUCUAUACGAAUUCUCUCUCGAUGGAAAGCCAUGGGCGAACCCAAAGUCGGUAGCGACGGAGAAGCUGCUCGUCGAUAUUUUCGCCAUCAUCUACCAGGCAGGCUACUCGUUUUUGUCCUCCAUCGACUAUGGGCGCGAACACGACGACAGACUGGCCAUGGUCUUCUCAAAACCGUCCGCCACACCAGAAGCCUCGAGAACAGGGACACCGCUACCACCAGGAGGCUCGCCGUUCCUUGGAGCGAACACGACGGUCGAGUCUUUGCCCAAACCUACGACGACGGAGAAGAGGGUGCCAUUUGCGUUGAGUUUUGCAUCGACGACGCUGAUGCGGGUGAUUGCUCCUCCGCUCCACUUGACGCCCGCCAUACUCCAAGCUGUGCGUGCUGCCUGGCCAAGAGGAGUCGUUUAUGAGCAGAAAGUAGGAGAGAAUUCCUUUGAAUUCAAACUCAAGGGCUAUAAAUGGUUCGAGCAAGACAACUUUGCAUCCGACUCUCUCCAGUGCAUCCUAUCCCUUCUUACUUCCCUUGACGCCCACUCUUUCACCCUCCUCACUUCAUUGUCCCUCACAAAUCGGUCAAAAGUCAAAGACCUUUGGAUAUUCACAGGGCUCGUCUCCGACUCCACCUCCAGCCAUGAAGAGACCUCGUUCUCUCUGGAACACUCAGAGAGCCACCGCAGCAUGCAGCACCGAAGACAAGUCUCAGAGCCCCCAGCGUUACCCACCCAAUCUGGCAGCCAGCCUCAUGGCCAUACACGAGCUGCGACCGAAGACAUGUCUCAAUUCCACCGACAACCCAGUCCACCCACCACGUCCCUCUCCCAGGGUCCUCAUCUCCUCCGGAAACCCGCACCGCGCGCCCAAGUCCCUGUCUCUGUGAUCCAAGAAAACGACCCAGAUGUGGACGACGACGCGGAGAUGCCGGGCGGGUAUGAUGUCCCUGUUAAUAAUCGCGUCAACCUUCCGAGUGUCAUUUCGAAUGGGCAGGAGAAUAUGACGGGUGUCGGGGCUGGGGGGUAUCAGUACCCACCGUUCGAUCCUAAUUUCCGAGUGCAAUCUGUCAAAGACAGGCCCAAGACACCACCUCUCCUUUCGGUAUCCAGUUCCCCGUCGACUUCGCCGCAGCGCAGCCCCCAUCGCCAUGAGACCGGGGGCUCUGGUUCCCGGUCUCCAAGCAGAAGCGGGAGUCAAAGUGGAGGUGGAAGCCCUAAUGCCCAGGGUGCGAUCACCCCCUCUGUGAUCCCACCGCUUCUGGGAGGGAAUGCGUUCAAAGGAGAUUCGGACGAGAUGUAUCGCAACUCGACGCUGUCGACGCAGACGGGGUCUUCGGACAUUAGUAGCGAGAUUCCCAUCAAGUGGACGGGCGCUGUGGGAGGGGAGAGGCCGGCGAAUCGACACAAGGUGCCUGGGGGUUGGCAGGGCACGUCGAGUCCUAUUGACGAGGAGGACGAUCCGUUUGCGAAUACCACUGUUAACUCGCGUUGGAACUUCCCUAUGAAUAGCCCCAAGCCUGAGGAUGGCGGGGAGCAGGAGAAGGCGUCGACGCCUAUUCACGAGACGUCAAGCCGAGUGGAGAGCCCGGAGAUUUUGACGACGAGGGGGUUGAGGAGGAGUGAGGCUGCGUUGGUGGGUGUUAUUGCUGCGACAUCGCUCAGUCCUUCGAGCGGUGAUGGAAGUGGGCCGAGUACACCACCUCGUCAUUCUGACGGCCUUCGGAAUAGCGCGAGCAGGAACAGCGGGAGGAGUGUAAGUGCGACACCAGUUCCACCGCAUGUUCAAACACCGCCUAUGAAGUCGAGUUCGUCGUUAGGUUCUUCGAGUGGGCAUGGGCAGGGCAAAGAGAAGGAUGGAAAGGAGCCAAGGGAGUCGCGGAAGCUGGUCAAGCCGAACACGAAUAGUGCAAACUCGGGUGCAAGUUCGGGUGGAGGGCAGGGUUGGGUGUUGGUGAAUGUGGAAGGCCAGACUUCAAGUGGUUCGAGGACCGCGACACCUCAGAUGGCAUCGCAUACACCGGCGUUCGUCUCUGGGUCGGCGGGUGAUACAGGGGGGAGCAUCCCAACUCCAAUAGCUAACCUCCAUGCCACGACGCUUAAUACUCCUCCGUCAUCGACCUCUGCCGCUGCUCCCGCUCCAUCUUCAGCAUCGCCAAACACCAACUCCCCAUCUCCAGUUACAGCAGAAAUGCGAGCCAAAGCCAUCGUUAUCGUCGACGCUCUCGAGACUUCGAAAGGGAAGAAAGCCGAAAGCAUCGCUUCGACUGAUACGAAGGAUACAGAGGGUAAAAGCGGGUCCAUGAGUGGUGUGCGCAGAUUCUUCUCGUUAAACAAGAAGAAUUCGCGGAGGAAGCUUAGUUUGACGGCCACUACCACGGCCGCGGGAAGGACUACCCAUGCGAGAUCACCAUCAUUGUCGGCAGUCGAGGGGACUAUAUCAGAGAAGAUUGAAGAAGAGGAAGGGCGAGAUGGGGAGCUGAGGGCUGUUACACCGAAGAGACCGAAAGAGAGGAUGAGGACGUUUAGUUCUGACAAGACGGAUGAAACGACGACGACUAACCACACGACUACGACCACUACUACUACGACGCAUACAUCGACUACGAAUUGCUGCAAUAACGACAACGACAACAGGUUGACGCCUACUACUAGUACUACUGUUAACCCGACGACUAUUCCGAGGUCGUUGUUUCGGGAUCGUUUGAGACGGUUUGGGACACCGCAAGUUUCGAGGAGGGAGGAUAGGAGGAAGAGUAUCGACUGA